AUGACCCAUAGGCCAAGGGGUUUCGGUUUCAUCACGUAUGACUCGGAGGACUCUGUUGAGGAGGUUAUGCAGAAGAACUUUCACGAAUUGGCUGGAAAGCUUGUGGAGGUCAAACGAGCUGUGCCGAAAGACGGGAGUAACAGCAGUGGCAAUGGUUAUGGCCGAAGGUUAGGCAGUGAUAGAGUCUCUAACUUUAAUUCUUAUCAACCGGGUGAUUAUAUGCCUUACAAUCCAAGAUUCGGUUAUUUUCCCACUGGAUACGGUAGUGUAGCUGGGCACCCAUAUGCAGCUGGAAUGUUUGGUGGGUAUGGUGGAAUUGGUUAUGGGCUCUCUCCAGUUGUCCCGAGAAGUCCUUGGUCUCCUGCUGCAAUGGUUGGUGUGAGAGGCAGUUUUUUGCCUUAUGCAAAUCCGAUACCUGUUUUUUCCUCCUAUUUGAAUGGUGGGCCCAUUGUGAUGGGUUUGGGUCCAAAUGGAUAUGGAGUUUUUUCGGGAAGUGGGUUUGUUGGAAAAUCAGGGCAAAUGUCCGGUGGAGAUGGUCAACACGAGGCCGAGUCGACACUCUCUCAGAGUGCUGCAAGUAACGUAGGUAGCAAUCAUUUUGGUGCUGGUAGAGGCCUUGGAGCUGGUGCUAGCAGGCAGGGUAAAAGAGCUAACGGUAAGACUUACCAAGAAACUACUAAUUCGAGCUGA